AGCAGUAAACCAUCAGAGCCUCAUCAUGAAAGUCCAUCACACUCUGAUCUGCUUCUUCUUCCUCUCUCUGCAGGAUGGAAACCCUGAAGUCAACAUCAACAAAAACAUUUCCUUUGGAGUCGUUGGAAGAAAUCUUACAGCUGAAUUCCCCUUUACUGCUGUAACAUGGAAAAUGUUCUGCAGAGGAGAAUGUAAAGGAGGAAACGUUCUUAUUAAUACAACAGAUGAGAAGCAUCAAAGUCACAGAUACAGCAUUGAAUUAAAACAAGAGAAUGGAGCUCCUACUUUGUCUGUGAGCAUCACACAGCUGAUCAUGUCUGAUGCUGGACGGUACAGCUGUGCUGCAGGUGAAUCUCCAUCAUCAGUUUCAUACAAACAGUUUGAAGUUGUUGUUGCUGAAGCACUGCUGGAUGGAAACAAUCCUGCUCAGCUGAAACACUUCAAUAAAGAAACUGGAAGCUCUCUCACAGUCGGGUGUUACUUUAAUCAGUCUGGAGGACAAAAGUUCUUCUGCAGGGGAGAAUGUGGAGAGGACGAGGUUCUUCUUCAAACAGAUGAUGAAGAUGAUUUCAAAGACAGAUACAGAAUUGGAUUUAGAGGACCUUCAGAGAAGACAUAUACAGGAGGAGGAAUUCUGUAUGUGACAAUCACACAGGUGACUGAGUCUGACUCAGGACGGUACAGAUGUUCUCUGAAUCGAUCUCCUGGUCAAGGUUCAUUCAGAGACUUUGUGCUCAGCGUCACAGAUGCAGUCGUCCAAUCAGCCUUCUCACCUUCACUCACCUCGAGUGUAACCACGGAGCAUCCUGAGAAAACAUCUGAAGAUGAUUUGCCGUCUGUGGGUCUGACUGUGGCUGUCAUCAUCAUCAUCAUCAUCAUCAUCAUCGUCCUCUCAUCACUGGCUGUUUUAAUAAUCUGCAUUAAGAGGAAGAGCAACAGAGGUUUGAGGACCAGAGGAAACUCAGAGGGCACAAACAUGGAGGACGUCCACUAUGAGAACUGUACUCCAGGUUCUACACGUGAAGACUCGACCUACCAGAGCCUCGAUCCAGCCGGCAGAGACCAGGACCAGACCUACUCUACACUCACAGACCACACAUGAGACUCUCUGGAUUCACACCUGGGUUUGUUUCAGUGCCUCAGGUUUAAAGUUUGAACACAGAAAAUUCCAGCCAUAAAUGGAUGAAUCCGCUGUGAAUUCACCCUCUGAUUUUAUUAUUUUAUAUGAAGUCUGUACAGUUUCCUGUCUGUGGUGCUGACUGUGUCUCUUGGAAUUUGGAUGUUUAUGCUUUUUCAUUUAGUUCAGGAAGUUAUGAUGUUUUAUUUUGGUUUGAUUCUUGUGCAGUCUUAUUUUCUUUGCUAUGU